ACAACAACAUACAACCUAACUUGACAACGAAAGGUCGCCGAAGUCUCUAGCUUUGUUGUCAUGAGAGCAGUCGCAAACCGCUGAGCGUGCCGUGAAAACAAUAAAGAAUUUGAAGAAACACGGCUAGGUGGACUGCAAACGAAUUGAUUUCACAAUUCUAUACGAUUCCUAACUGUUCAAAACCGUCCACGCAAAGGCCAAUAAUAGGUUAGCUGUAAAGGAAGAAAACGAAGAAGGCAAAAGUAAAUGCAGAGGGUCAUGAAUCGAUCAGGAUAACGAUUGAAUAGGAGGCCAGGUGCACACAUUAUCCUUGCUUUUUACUCGUAGCUUUGUGACAGCUGCAUUAUACCAGCUUAUCGAUAUGUCCCACUUCUGAACUUUCCAUCCCAGAGUGAGACGGACAAACGUCCUCAUGUACAUAUAUACAUAUGUAACCUUUCCGUUGAUGUCGCGAUUCUGCAGUCAACACACAAGUCCUCGUGCUAAACAAUCGUCGCACGAAGGAUAAUGGACUUUUUUCUUUGCGUUUGUUAAAGGUUUAUCAACAUUAAUUCCUGAGAUAACGUCCUCUCAAAAGACAACAAAAUGUUUCGAAAUUCAGCAAAACUUCUAAUUGAAGAUCCAUCUGCUCCAUCUACAGCAUAUGCUGCUUACGUACAAAUGGAGGAUUUGUUGGAAAAGUUGAAAAUUUUAAAUUAUGAUAAUGAAAUUGUUGAAGAUUUAAAAAUGAAGAAAUAUAUAAGCAGGCAUUAUUUUAUGAUACCAACAAAUCCAGGAGAACAAUUUCAUACUUUUUCUUCAUUAGCUGCUUGGUUAGUGAGGAAAGCUGGAAAAAAUUUUGAUCCACCACAAGAGUCUGAUGAUCCAAAUGCAACAAUUGCAAAAAUUUUGGAUUGCUUAAAAGAAAUUGGAAUUACAACAGACAUUCCACAAAACAAAUUAAAACAAGGAGUUGGAGAACAUGCUGUGUUUGUACUUGAUAAUCUUGCUGACCAAGCUAUAAAGGCUUUUAAAUUUAAAUGGAAAAAAGUUCAAAUUCCAUCAGAUGAAGGUAUUAUGGAACCAGAAGUAGAAGAAGAUGAAGCAGAAAUUAUUUUAGAAAAAGUUGAAGAAGAAAUGUUAGCAGACUUUGAUGAUGAAGAUGAUGACAUUGUUCAUGUCGAUGAUAUUACGAAAUUAUACAAAGAAGCGUCGAGUAUCAGUAAAAAACCUGAAAAAAUUUUAGAAUCUACAGUUGAUGCAGAAGAAUGGAAAUUAGAAUUAGAACGGGUCUUGCCCCAAUUGAAAUUAAGCGUAAAUGCAGAUAAUCGAGAUUGGAGAUCGCAUUUGCAGGAAAUGAAAAAAUUGCAUAGUAUAAUGAGUAAAAGUCUACCUGCGACGACAAGCCAAUUAGAUAAACUACAUAUUGACAUUGGAAGAGCUUUGGAGAAGAUAAAAACAAGAGAAACUUAUUUAAAUCAGCAAUUAGAACCACAACUGCAAGAGUUGAGAAUGCUUCAGGAGGAACUUUCAAGAAUCAAAGAACGCUAUAGAAAUGCAAGUGGAGAUUUGACGGAACGAAAAAUAGCAUACGACAACCUCUGCAAUGAUUAUAAUCAGCUUAAAAAAGAGAUGGAUGAAAGAGGAUCAAGUAUGACUGAUGGAACUCCGUUGAUCAAUAUCAAGAAAAAUAUUGGGAAGAUGAAAUCUGAAAUUUCGGAAAUGAGCAUACGUAUUGGAGUUUUAGAAUAUAGUUUGAUGUGUUCGAGGGUUCGUGAUCGAGCACAACUACAAGAGGAAAUGAACAACACCACUAGUACCGUUUCCAUUUAAUAAAACACGACUCAAAUUAGGGAAAUUAUUAGAAAUUUUCUUAUAUUUAUACUUGUACACGAGUAAUUUUUUUUAUAGUCAAUUCUUGUACAUACAUAGUUCGCACAAAAUAUGAAAUCAAUUUUCAUAACAGAUCUUAUCAUUUUAAUUGUAUAUAGAGCAUAUAGUGUUAUACUUUAGAUAAAAUUGAGUCACAGUCGACAUAAACGACGAUGCUAUACUUUUCAAUGUUUCGUAAAAGAAAAAAUUAAAGGUCACCAAGAUACCAGUGUCAUACUAGCUGACGUAUUCCUUAUUACAAUAAAAAGAAAAAAAUAAUUAUUUAUUAUUUUGAAUUUAAACCAAAAUACUUUCUCUUUCAUCCUCUCAAGCUUUGAACACAAAUUCCUUAAAGCAUGAAUGUAUUAUUUUUGGUAACAGGUGAACUUGAACUUUAAAAGCUGAGUGAGUUAAGAGACGUUGCAAAUUAAUGUACGUUCGUGAGUUGCGCAACAAAAAAACA